GAUCAACGGGUAUUUUUGCAGAGCCAUAUAGAGCAGAAGCAGAAAAAUCGCACGACUCGAAAUAUUGAGAAUUCUCGAAAAAAAUACACAUGCGUUUAUACUUUAACCGUUGAUGAGACAAAACGUGUAGUUUGUAGAGAAUUCUUCAUGGCUACUUUGAACGUGACAGAUGCAUUCAUGCGAUCUGCUUUGAAAAAGCGUUCCUCCAUAGGAAUACAAGAGAAAGAUAAACGCGGAAAACACACCCCAGCGAAUAAAUUAACUGACAAUAUGGAUGCAUUAAUACGCGAACAUAUUUUAUCUUUUCCGUCAGUGGAGUCACAUUAUUGUAGGGCUUCAAGCACAAAAAAAUACCUUGACUCAUGUCUUAAUGUGUCGAUUAUGUAUAGGAUGUACAAAGAUAUGUGCAGUACUAAGAAAUUAAAGCCGGUUUCUUCAGAAAAAUACCGACAAAUAUUCAAUGAAUACAAUUUAGGUUUUUUCAAACCCAAAAAAGAUCAGUGUAAAAAAUGUCUUGCCCGGAACCAGAUGACUGAGAAUGAGAAGAAUGCUAAUCAAGAUGAAUUCAACAAGCAUUUGGAAAGAAAAAAUGCAGCCAGAAAAGCACGCGAUGAAGAUAAAAUGGUAGCAAAAGGUGAUUCCAAAAUAUUAGCCUUCAACUUUGAUCUACAAGCUGUAUUGACUACGCCAAAAGGAUCAGCAGGUCAAAUUUUCUAUCUGAGGAAGCUAGCUGUCUAUAACUUAACGGUCUACAAUUUGGGUAAUCAGAAUGUAAAGUGUUAUCUUUGGGAUGAGACGCAAGGAAAAAGGGGAGCAAACGAAAUCUCAUCGUGCAUGAACGAUUUCGUUAUGUCCCAUACUGAGAUCACGCAUGUGCGUAUGAUGUCUGACGGAUGCGGUGGGCAGCAGAAAAAUUCUUUUUUUUUCUGCUACGUUAAUGCAGCUUCUAGAGAACCAUCCUUCCCUACAGAUAAUUGA